AUGUCUCAACUGUCAGAUAGUAGACAUGUCGUGUCCCACCCUCGCCCGGGAACAAUCCCUUUAUCGACCAUGCUUGAAUACCUUUGUCAGAAAACAUAUACAGACUUGAUGCGCCUAGUUGAUCUACUCCCGAGUAAGACAGACCUGGAAAAAAAAAUCGAACUUGCGAAAUUUUUCAGUCGAACAAGGAACUUAUUCAUAAGGCUUGAAGCACUUGUAAAAUGGGCCAAUAGUGCAUCCAAGGUGGACAAAUGUGAAGUCACGCUUACGCUCUUAUCAGAGGCUCUGGAUUUUCCAUGGCGCAUACUUUCUAUCUCUUUACUUGUCUGCGACCCAGAAAUCAGUGCUGGAUCCCCUCUUCUUCACCCCCUUCAAACGCGCUUCCUGCAUUCCCAGGCUCAGUCGCGAAUUCUCUACCAAAAUUUCGACAAGCGUCCACCUCUCCUCCACCUCUAUGAGAUGCUACCUUACACUGUCACUAUUCAUACAGACCCGCUGGAUCCCCAACGACCUCUCUGUUUGACCCAUCACCCAAAACUGUCUGUAUUGGAUGCCAACAAAAUAGGUUCAAUAGUUAAGUUGGCGUCACCCUAUGCCAGGGGUCGGGAACGUAUGGCUCGCGAGCCAGGGGGACCAUCUCUCGCUAUCGAAUUUGCUCUCAAGGACUGUUGUUGUUCGUGCAGAGAGAAUAUUAAAGGUGAUGAUUGA